AUGGAUAUUUUCAGAAUACUAAGUAGAGGAGCUUCAUUGAAUAAAAAGGGAAAUAAAUCCACUGACUUUGCUCUACCUGAAAAUCAGUCCAAAUCACAAAAAUCGAAGAAGGAUUCUAUAGUUAACGAAGUUGAGAAAGAAACUGACUUUUUCCAUACAAAAAAGCAUCAAAAAUCGAUAGAUAGUAAAAAAUCAAAUGAUUCGGAGGAAACAGCGUUAGAAACAGAAGUAGAAGAGAUCCCACCACCAGAGAUAAAAAAUGAUGAAGAUGCAAGAAUUUUUAGAAAUUCACAUAGAUCAAAAGUAACUGGAGAUGACAUACCAUUACCAAUUGGUUCUUUUCAAGAUUUGAUUGGAAGAUUUCAAAUAGAUAAAAAAUUGUUAUCAAAUUUGAUAAAUAAUGAAUUCAUAGAACCAACCCCUGUUCAAUGUGAGUCAAUACCUAUAACUUUAUCGGAUCGAGACCUAAUAGCAUGUGCACCAACAGGAUCUGGUAAGACUUUAGCCUUUCUUAUUCCAUUAAUUCAACAAUUGACUACUAAGAAAACUAACAAAAAUCAUGGAGUGAGAGGAUUAAUAAUAUCUCCAACUAAUGAAUUAGCAGUUCAAAUAUAUCAACAAUUAGAAAAUCUAGUUCAUGGUAAAAAUUUAAAAGUAGCAAUACUAUCUAAACAAUUAGCUAACAAAUUGACUAACGAUAUAGUGAAGUCACUGAAAUUUGAUAUUAUAGUGUCAACACCAUUGAGACUUAUAGACUUACUUAAUACAGGCAAAAUAGACCUAUCAAACGUUGAACAACUAAUUAUAGAUGAAGCAGAUAAAUUGUUUGAUCAAGGAUUUGCAGAACAAACUGAUGAAAUCCUUGCACAUUGUACAAAUUCCAAAAUUCGAAAAUCAAUGUUUUCUGCAACCAUACCGUCAGGAGUUGAAGAAAUGGCUCAUUCCAUAAUGAAAGAUCCAUUGAGAGUCAUCAUUGGACACAAAGAAGCAGCAAGCAAUACUAUUGAUCAAAAGUUAGUUUAUACAGGUAAUGAAGAAGGUAAACUUAUCGCAAUUAGACAAAUGGUGCAAAAUGGGGAAUUUAAACCACCAAUAAUUAUAUUUUUACAAUCUAUAACUAGGGCAAAAGCAUUGUUUCAUGAAUUGAUAUAUGAUAAAUUAAAUGUUGACGUAAUACAUGCCGAAAGGACACCUAAACAAAGAGAUGAAGUUAUAAAUAGGUUCAAAAAUGGAGAUAUUUGGGUUUUGAUAACAACAGAUGUUAUAGCAAGAGGUGUUGAUUUUAAAGGGGUUAACUUAGUUAUAAAUUAUGACGUGCCACAAAGUGCUCAAGCUUAUGUACAUAGAAUAGGUAGAACUGGUAGAGGAGGUAGAUCUGGUAAAGCCGUAACAUUUUUCACAAAGGAAGAUGAUAAAGCUAUAAAACCUAUCAUAAAUGUUAUGAAACAAUCUGGAUGUGAAAAUGGAUUUAGUGAAUGGAUGGAAAAUAUGGGGAAAUUAUCAAAAAAUGAGAAAAAAUCAAUAAAGACUCAUGAAGUAAAAAGAAAGAAAAUUAGUACUGUUCCAAAAAUUAUAAAACAGAAACGAAAACAAAAACAAGAUAUGAUUGAAGCUUCCAAAAGGAGAAAACAAAAUGAAGUUGAUUCCACUAGCUAA